CCUGUCGGCCGCGGGGUCCUGGUGGGCUGCGGUCCCCGCGCCGCCGCGGUCGCCCUCUUCGGUGGUGGGAGGGGCAGACGGAGGAGGCGCGGCCUCACGGAAGCCAUGUUUGUGGCGCGCCACAUCGCGGCGGACCAUAAAGAUCUCAUCCAUGAUGUCUCUUUCGACUUCCAUGGGCGACGGAUGGCUACCUGCUCCAGCGACCAGAGCGUCAAGGUCUGGGAUAAAAGUGAAAGUGGGGAUUGGCAUUGUACCGCUAGCUGGAAGACACAUAGUGGAUCUGUGUGGCGUGUGACAUGGGCCCAUCCUGAAUUUGGACAGGUUUUGGCUUCUUGUUCUUUUGACCGAACAGCUGCUGUGUGGGAAGAAAUAGUAGGAGAAUCAAAUGAUAAACUUCGAGGACAGAGUCAUUGGGUUAAGAGGACAACUCUAGUGGAUAGCAGAACAUCCGUUACCGAUGUGAAAUUUGCUCCUAAGCACAUGGGUCUUAUGUUAGCAACCUGUUCGGCAGAUGGUAUAGUAAGAAUAUAUGAGGCGCCAGAUGUUAUGAAUCUCAGCCAGUGGUCUCUGCAGCAUGAGAUUUCAUGUAAGCUAAGCUGUAGUUGUAUUUCUUGGAACCCUUCAAGCUCUCGUGCUCAUUCCCCUAUGAUAGCUGUAGGAAGUGAUGACAGUAGUCCAAAUGCAAUGGCCAAGGUUCAGAUUUUCGAAUAUAAUGAAAAUACCAGGAAAUAUGCAAAAGCUGAAACCCUCAUGACAGUCACAGAUCCUGUACAUGACAUUGCCUUUGCUCCAAACUUGGGAAGAUCUUUCCAUAUUCUAGCAAUAGCAACCAAAGAUGUGAGGAUUUUUACAUUAAAGCCUGUGAGGAAAGAACUUACUUCUUCUGGUGGGCCCACAAAAUUUGAAAUCCAUAUAGUGGCUCAGUUUGAUAAUCAUAAUUCCCAGGUCUGGCGAGUGAGUUGGAAUAUAACAGGAACAGUGCUAGCAUCUUCAGGAGAUGAUGGCUGUGUAAGAUUGUGGAAAGCUAAUUAUAUGGACAAUUGGAAGUGUACUGGUAUUUUGAAAGGUAAUGGGAGCCCUGUCAAUGGGAAUUCUCAGCAGGGAAACUCAAAUCCUUCCCUAGGUUCAAAUAUCCCAAAUCUUCAAAAUUCAUUAAAUGGAUCUUCUUCUGGCAGAAAGCACAGCUGAGUACCAGCUAACUGGAGUAACUUUGCUGUUUUGCUGCUUGUUGCAUGCACACAGGAAUGGAAAGCGAGCUCCUUUUCCCCUUCCCCAGCGCCGUUUGACCUCUCCCAAGAUACACCAGCAGCCUGCUUACUACUAAACGCAAUCCAAAAGGCCUUUAAAAAUCCAGUGUAUUUCAUUUUUUUUGUACUAGCCAGUUUAUUGACACUAUUUGAAGCUUUUGAAAUAUAAAUGGAGAGGCUUUUUGUUGAGACGUUGUCACCAAAACAAUUUUUUGAAAUGUUCCUGAAAUUAACAUGGGUUUUAAAAUUAAAAGGAUUGUUACUAUCCUAAUAAGUAGUUGGGAGGAGGGAAAAUAUCACUUUAUUCCAUUUGGAGAACAUAGGCUUAUUUCUUUUGUUUUCUAAACAGUAAGCUAAAAUGAUGAAUUUUUAUAAUUUUAAUUUGAAGGUUGAAUAAAUAUUUUUCAUAAAGAUUGUUUUGAGUGCUAAUUUGUUUACCUUUUGUAGAAUUGGUUUACACAUGAUAUUAUUUAGUGCAACUCUGUCAUUUCUUUGUAAUAUUUAAAAAAUAUUAGUAAAGGAGUGAGAGAAGUAGUAGUAAAAUGAAAGUGAUUUGACUGUACAGUUUGUGGCCAAAUUAAACAUUUGGUAUUGCUUCAUUUUAUAAUUUGGUAGUAAAAUGAAGACAUCUUUGUAAAUUUUCAAUUCAUAUUCACUAAAGAGCUUAACGUUUCUAAUAUGUGCUUGUAUAUUUUUUUAUGGUAUGAUUCCAUGGCUUAAAUUUUUCUUCAAAAUUUGGAAACCUACUGUAAGAGGAGCAGUUAAAAAUUUGCUAAAAUUGUGCAUGCACAUUAACCUCUACAUUCCAAGUCUCAGGAAUUUAAUUUAGUUGGCUGCCUCAUUUAGUUCAUACUCUCUAGAACUUUGACCUUAAUGAUAAAGCUAUAAGUCUUUGCUAAAAUGCUUAAGUAUUACGGGUAAGUUAGAAAAUGGCAGAAGAAUAACAACAGGACAUACUCUUUGAGCUCUUUUACUUAACAAAAUUUUGUACUAUUUAAGGUUUUUGCAGAAAAGCACCUGAGUAUUUUCAAAGGUCGUAUUUCUUCAGAAGUAUAUUGCAGUAGCUGGCCAUACUAUAUGACAGUAUAUUUGGAUUGGUUCUCAGUGCCAUGUAUGCACUAAAAAACGUGUGCCUGCUGCUACUUCAAACGAAGCAUUGCUUAAAAUAAAGAAAAAGCUUAUGAGAUUUGUAAAUUUACAGGAUAGCAUCAGAUAUGUUUCUGAAAGAUUAGAAAAUGUUUUAAAUUAUAAAAUGUCUUUUUUUGUAACAUUCAUACUGGUAAUUUUUUUUUAACAUUUUAAGUUUAACAGAUUGUAUUUCUUUCUUUCAAGUUUCUAUACUUGCUUAAGCAAGCUUGAUUUGAGUAAGGGUCUUGAUUUUUGCGAUUAUGUUCUGUUAGUUUUGGCAUGAAUAUACUAAAGCUUUUUUUUUUCAGCAUGUGUUUUCUCCUCUUUGGUUCUCUUUGUAUUUACUACUUUUCUCUUUUUCUUCUGUUUUUUCUUUUUUUUUUUUUUCUGUUGUUUUUGUUUUGUUUUGGUGUUUUGUUCCUGUCUUCAUUGUUUCAGGUAUUUCUUUCCCCCUCUGGAUUCCCCACGGGCUGGAUCGAGAUGGUCCAGUUAUGCCCAGCUCCUUCCUCCUCCUCCUCCUCCUCUGGUAGAGCACUCUUGCGAUGCUGACACUGCCAACCUCCAGUAUCCUCACCCUCGCAGACGAUCUCUCUCUCGGCCUCUUAAUCCCUUACCUGAGAAUGAAGGGGUUUAAAACACUGAUUUAACACUUAAAGGCCUUAUUCAAGUGCUUGUAAAUGCUUUCAUUCCUGGCUGCUUUUUGUUUUUCUUCAUUUUCUUUUAGAAGAUUUUUCUAAUUUAGGGUCUGUCUUGCAUGUAUUACAACCAGAACACAGUGUUUGGAACCU